AUGGCAUCCCGUCGGGAAGUUUCCGAAAAGCAGGCUCCGGUUCAUUUCCAAGACCAUGCCAUCGAACCUCACGACAAGCUCCAGCCACAGGUGGCCGAGACGGGUGAAACCGAGAGUGGCUGUGGAUUCUCCAAGCAAGAAGAGCGAAACAUCAUCCGUCGAAUCGACCGCCGCCUGGUCCUGACCGUCGGUGCCAUGUAUUGCGUCAGUCUCGUGGAUCGGACAAACAUGAGCAGUGCAAAUAUCGCUGGCAUGGGCGUAGAGCUUAACCUCGUCAACAACCGAUAUAAUAUUGCCAAUUUGGUCUUCUUCGUUACUUAUAUUCUGUUUCAACCGCCUUCCACAAUUAUCGUUCGAGCUAUUGGGCCGAGAAUUCAUCUCGCAUCCAUUACUCUUCUUUGGGGCGGCGUGGUGAUCGGAAUGGGGUUCGUGAAGAAAUUUGAGGAGCUCGCAGCCCUUAGAACUGUUCUUGGUGUUUUCGAGGCCGGCUUCUUCCCGAGCUGCGUUUAUCUGCUCAGCACUUGGUAUACACGGUAUGAGGUUGGCAGACGGUACUCCGCCUUUUAUCUAGUGGGCUGCGUUGCGUCUUCCCUUUUCGGCAUUUUGGUGUAUGGGCUUAUGCAACUCAAUGGCCGACUAGGGUUGGCGGGCUGGCGGUGGAUAUUCAUCGUCGAAGGCGCCAUUACCUGUGCGCUGGCAAUCAUUUGCUACUGGCUGAUUGUCGACUUCCCUGAUUCAGCACGCAAGUCUUGGAAUUUCCUCGACCAGCGCGAGAGACAAUGGGUUCUCAACCGGGUGCAGCGCGACCGCGGCGACGUUGAAGCCGCUCCAUUUGACCUCUGGAAAUUCGUUGGAGGGGCCAAAGACUGGAAGGUUUGGGCGUAUGCCAUGAUCUUAUUUUGCACCUGCGCCAUGAGCUACGCGUUGGCCUACACAGUCCCCAUCAUUCUCGUGGCCAACCUGGGCUUUAGCAUCGGACAGGCUCAGUGCCUUGCGGCUCCCCCCUACUUGUUCGCCGGGUUCGUCAUGUACGCAAUGGGCUGGUUGGGAGACAAGUACCACGUCCGCGGGCCCAUCAUUAUUGCGAACAUGGUCCUCUGCCUCAUUGGUCUCCCGAUCCUGGGGUGGCAUCCCAAGGCGGCGGUACGGUACUUUGGCGUCUUCCUCGUGACAGCGGGAGCCAACAGCAACAUACCCGCAGUCAUGUCGUUUCAGGCCAACAACGUCAGGGGUCAGUGGAAGCGAGCGUUUUGCAGUGCCACACUGGUCAGCUUCGGGGGGAUCGGCGGCAUCUGCGGCAGUCUCGUGUUCCGGGAGCAGGACCGGCUCACGGGCUACAAGCCCGGCAUGUACACGUGCAUCGCUUGCGCCCUGCUCAACAUUGUUCUUGUCUGCAUCUGCAACGUGGAGAUGCUGCGGAUGAACAAGAAGGCUGAUCGGGGAGAGGUGAUCUUGGAGAAGCCGGAUGUGGCCAACGACGAUGCCAGCCAUUUCAGGUAUACGUAUUAA